AUGUCUCAGGCCUUUCGAGCACCUCAAGGAUAUCAAGGCUCUCAAGCAAUCCAACGAGCUCAACCCCAACGCCGUCUUCGAGCAACUCCAGCUUUUCGAGUACCCCAAACUUCUCCGCUAUUCCCAGGAUCUCGACAACCACACACUCGACCUCGACCUCGACCUCGAGCAACUCCAGCCUUUCGAGCACCUCAAGGAUCUCAAGCUAUCCAACAAGCUCAACCCCAACACCGUCCUCAAGAGAAUGUCAAAUCAAACUCUGUAAGUGAUGAUGAUCUCCCACCAUCACACACACCUUUUUGGAACCCUGCAGCUCCUGAUAAAGGGAAGAUGAGAAGAAUUUCUGGAUCAAGUGAUCCCGGUGAGCUAGCACAAAGGGCCAAGAGUCCGAUCAGCUAUGAUGAGUUCGAUAGCAACCAUCCAAGUGAGGAAGAUAUCAACACAGAAAUUCUAAAGGAUCCAAUUCAACCUAAUUCACCCGAGAAGCCCAAAUCCACUUGA